AUGGCAGUCGCCUUCUCUCUCACAAAGGCCUUUUUCGAAUGGUUCUCCGCCUCCGAUGGCGUCGCCGCGCUGCACAAGAAGCACAUCGAGGGCGACGUGGCCCUGCACAUGCUCAAGGGCACGCCGAUGGCGGCUGCUCCGGAUUCGCUCAAGCUCGAUUUCGCACGCAGCGGCGCCGGCCAAGCGGUCGCCAACUUCAUGAAGGCGGAGCAGCAGCACAUUGGCGGCUGGAAAGUGGAUCGCAUCGUCGAGGCGGCUGGUUCGGAGUUCAACGCGGUCUGCUGGCGGCAGCGGCUCCUCGAGGAGGUGGCCUCGUCGCAGGUUGUCCUCUUCUCGUUUGUCGACUGCCCGUGGUGCCUCCUCGCCAAGGAGCGGCUCGCCGCCAUCGAGGGGAAUGAGGCGUGGCUGCCGGCAGGCAGCGUGCGCACGAUUGAGCUUGAGGCGCGCGGGAGGGAUGGCAAGGCGCUGCGCGCGGCCAUAGCCGCCGCGACCGGGAGGACGUCCAUGCCCUCUGUCUGGGUCGGCGGGCGGUGCGUCGGCGGCUUCACCGACGGGGACAUGCCCUCGGGGGAGCCGGGGCUCUGCCUGGCCGCCUCACCCGGCUUUGAGGCGCUGGAGGCGAGCGGCCGCCUGCCGAGCCUGCUCGGCCACGAAACGUAG